CAGUCAGUGGUGAUAAUAUGCCAAGAAACAUAGUAAUGAUCCAACAAAAAGUAGGGAAAAAUGAAUGGAAAACAAUGCAGGAUGGUGGUGGGAAUUUCAAUGGAAAGGAGCAAUUUCUGUCUUCUUCUGCUACACUGACAAUCAAUGUGAUAGAUGAACAAGACACGCCGCCAUCUUUUAUUGGGACACCCUACUUUGGCUACGUUUAUGAAAUCUCAGUGCCAGGAUCUGAAAUAUUCACUGUUGUCGCAAAAGAUGGUGAUGUGGGAAACCCAAAUCCAAUCCAUUACUCCUUUGACGAUGGCGAUGAUGGUGCUUUUAGCAUCAACAAAACAAGCGGCUGUAUCACCCUGCUGACUCUUCCCAUUUUUCUGAAAAGAGAGAUCUUUAACAUUAAAGUCAAGGCAUCAGAAGUAAGUCCUGAAGGCAGACUCAUGGACUAUGGGAUGGCCACGGUAGUGAUCCGGGUGGUGGACCUGAACAAUAAUCCACCUACUUUCUAUGGAGAGAACGGCCCACAAAGCAUGUUUGAGUUGACCAUGUAUGAGCAUCCACCAGAAGGAGAGAUACUCCGGGGGCUGAAAAUCACCGUCAAUGACUCUGAUCAGGGCGCUAACGCUAAAUUCAACCUGAGACUGAUUGGACCGGGACGAAUGCUGCGAGUCGUCCCUCAGACUGUGCUCAAUGAGGCCCAAGUCACAAUCUUAGUGGAAGACUCUGCAGCCAUGGACUAUGAGAAAAACCAUUUUCUCACAUACAAGCUUCUUGCAGUUGAGAUCGAUACACCAGAGAGAUUCAGCGCCACAGCAGACAUUGUCAUCCACCUCCUGGACACCAAUGACAACGCACCCAAAUUCUCCUCUGAUUACUACAUAGCCAGAAUUCCAGAAAACUCACCCGGUGGCUCCAAUGUCGUGUCAGUCACGGCAACAGACCCAGAUUCAGGACCUUGGGGUGAAGUGAAGUACUCUAUCUAUGGAUCAGGGGCUGACCUGUUCUUUAUCCAGUCUGCAUCUGGGAUCAUCUACACACAGCCAUGGGCAAGCCUGGACGCAGAAGUGAAGUCCAAGUAUAACUUCUAUGUGAAGGCAGAAGAUGCAGAGGGAAAGUACAGCCUGGCUGAGGUCUUUGUGACUGUGUUGGACCUGAAUGACCAUCCACCUGCGUUCAAUGACAACUUCCUGGAGAAGACCAUGGUGAUUGGAGCACCGGUGAAAAUAGAGGCUGUAGACGAUGAUGCAGAAGUACCCAACAAUGUUAUCGAGUACGCCAUCAUGAAAGCCGAGCCAGACAACAACAUCUUUGACAUCGACGCUGACACGGGGGAGAUCAUGCUAAAGUCCUACAUCAAGUCCAUGGCCAUCAUUCAGAACAUCACCAAGCAGAGGGACUGCACCUGGUCGCUGGUGGUGCAGGCCAGAGACCGAGGCCAGCCGUCCUUCAGCACCACUGCAGUCGUCAAGAUCGACAUCACUGAAGCUACCCAACUCAAAGGGGGGCCUUUGGGAUCAUUUUUAAUGCAGAAUAGAAACAAGCCAUUGCAAAUCCUAGGCAUGCUUGCUGGUGUCAUUAGUCUCAUGGUCAUUGUCACGGUCAUGAUCUCCACUGCAACAUUCAUGCGCAACAAAAAGUCCAACCGGAUCCUUCCCAACCGCCGCGUGAGGAGGAGGCCACGAAAACAGCACACCUGGAACAUCAAAAACCCCUUCAAGAAACCAGAAAGACCUGAAGAGAAAUUCCGAGUUAAAGAGGAGGAGCAGGAGCCAGAGCCGCAGCCAGAGGUCAUCGUGGAGAAUGUCAACUACAACAACAAUGUCACCAAUGUUGUGAGGCACUGGCCCCCGCCACCCAGCGCCCCGAGUCUGCCCCCUGCACCACCACCCUACAUCCCAGGGGAGAGGCAGUGGGCGGUACCCACCGUAUCCGCUGCUGUGGCAGCUAAGCCUAAAAAGAAGCCAGUGAUAACCAGACAGGACACUGUGAACAAAGCGCUGGUUUCAGAGCUCAAGAUGAGACUGGAGCAGAAGAGGAUGCUGAAACAUUCAUAGUGCUAUAUUGUAUGA